AUGGCUUUAUAUAAUUUUAAACGGAUCCAGCCGAUUCCAACAGCAAAUGAUUUCUUGGAUAUCGUGCUUUCAAAGACACAGAGAAAAACACCAACUGUAAUUCAUAAGCAAUAUAAAAUUGGUCGAAUAAGGCAAUUUUAUAUGCGCAAAGUCAAAUUUACUCAAGAUAGUUUUGAUGAAAGAUUGAAUGCCAUUCUUGAGGAAUUCCCGAAACUUAACGACAUUCAUCCAUUCUAUUCAGACUUAAUGAAUGUAUUGUAUGAUAAAGAUCAUUAUAAAUUAGCAUUAGGUCAAAUUAAUGUUGCGCGUCAUCUUAUUGAUCAAGUUGGCAAAGAAUAUGUCCGCCUAUUAAAAUUUGGUGAUUCAUUGUAUCGAUGUAAGCAAUUAAAAAAAGCAGCUCUUGGAAGGAUGGCUACUAUUAUGAAACGCCAAAAAGAUAGCUUAUCGUAUCUGGAACAAGUUCGACAACAUUUGGCUCGGUUGCCUUCAAUAGAUCCAAAUACUCGUACAUUAUUAAUUUGUGGAUAUCCAAAUGUUGGUAAAUCUAGUUUCAUGAAUAAGAUUACUAGAGCGGAUGUUGAUGUGCAACCUUAUGCUUUCACUACAAAAUCGUUGUUUGUUGGGCAUAUGGAUUAUAAAUAUCUUAGAUGGCAGGUAAUCGAUACUCCCGGCAUAUUAGAUCGUUCGCUUGAACAGAUGAAUACCAUUGAAAUGCAAUCUGUCACAGCCUUGGCGCAUCUUCGUGCAUGUAUCAUGUUUUUUAUGGACCUUUCAGAACAAUGUGGAUAUAGUGUUGCAGAACAGAUAACACUAUACCAAAAUGUUAAACCACUUUUUAUCAAUAAACCAACAUUUAUCGUCAUAAAUAAAAUUGAUGUCACGAGACCAGAAGAUAUACCUGCUGAAGAACAAGCAAUGCUAAAAGAAAUUAGUGAAAAAGAUGGUGCUCAGAUAGUUCAACUAAGUUGUCAUACUGAUGAAGGCGUAAUGGAAACCAGAAAUUUGGCAUGCGAUAAAUUAUUAGCGGCUCGUGUUGAUUUCAAGUUAAGAGGUUCGAAGAUCAAUGAUGUUGUUAAUAAGAUUCAUCUCGCUGAACCGGUUGCGCGUGACGAUAUACCACGUCCACCUCAUAUCCCUGAAGGAGUAAAAAAUCGACCUAAGUAUGAUGCCAAUGAUCCUAAUAGGCCCAAAUUGGAAAGGAAUUUAGAAGCAGAAAAUGGCGGUCCUGGUGUAUAUAGUGUUGAUCUUAAGAAAAAGUAUGAACUUAAAAACGUUGAAUGGAAAUAUGACAUAAUUCCAGAAGUUAUGAAUGGUAAAAACGUUGCUGAUUUUGUUGACCCAGAUAUUGAAGAAAAAUUAGAUGCUUUAGAACGUGAGGAAGAGCGUUUGGAGGCUGAUGGUUAUUACGAUUCAGAGGAAAACAUGAUAGAUUCUGAAGAAGAAGAAAUGAAUAAAGUCGCCGAAGCAAUUCGUGAAAAAAAGAAAUUGAUUAUACAGGCUCAUAGAGCAAGCAAAAUGAUGAAAAACCGACCAAUUAUGCCGAGAACUGCUACUAAAAGGUCCAUCGAUGAAAUGGAAGAGAAAUUAGGUAAACUGGGUCUUGAUACAACUGUAAUUCGUGCACGUAGUAGAACGCGAAAACGCAAACGAUCCGAAUCUAUUGGCGACGAAAUCGUUCGAGACUCUUUGAGUAUUACAAGAAACGCAUCCGCGUCUCGUGAUCGUAGCAGUUCUAGAAUGAAUGUUAAGCAAAAGAAAGAAAGUGAAAAACAAAAGAAACUUGCACAACGAAAGCCUAAUUUAAAUGCUAAAAUUGGUGAAUCUGAUAGGAGCAUUAAAUCUAAGAAACCUAAGCAUUUAUAUAGUUCCAAGAGUAGUAUUGGGAAGAGAGAUUGGC